AUGGUCAUUGAUGUCCUUCACCCUGAGAAGGCAACAAUACCUAAGACAGAAAUUUGGGAAAAACUAGCCAAAAUGUACAGGGCCAUGACAGAUGUCAUAUUCAUAUUUGGAUUCAGAGUCCAUUUUGAUGGUGGAAGGACAACUGGUUUUGGCAUGAUUGAUGAGUCCUUGGAUUAUGCAAAGAAAAAUGAACCCAAAAGUGACUCUCAAGACAUGGCCUGUAUGAGAGAAAAAGAUGUCAAGAAAACAGCAAAAGGAACACAGAAACAGAAGGAAGAAAGUCAGGGGGACUGCAAAAGCCAAUGUCGGCACUGGCAAAAAGUGCUGAGAAAAGAGCUGAAAUUGAACAACAGAAGGAGUGACUUUAUCUGCGGUGCUUGUGCAGACUUUUCGUGA